AUACUCUGAAGAAUGCCCCCUCUAGGUUGCUAGAAGGGGGCCCAACUUUAUUUUGGACAGGAGUACUGACUUCUUCUGCUAGCAAACCGUCAACCAGGAGUCAUAAAGACGAGUACUUCGCCGACCCCUACACGACUAACCUCUCGAGAGUAACAACUUAUAUAUAACGCCCCUCACGAUUUAUAAUACGGCCCAUUGGUUGGGUAGAGCUGCGCAUUCAUGUGUGUUUGUCGACUUCUUCUUUUUGUUUUGGUGAGAAAGAGAGGGCAUUGCAAGAUCCCCGUCGACCCUCGGCGUACCGCGGGAACGGCGUUUCUGCGUUGGGUAGUGCCGGACUCCAGCGCAAGUACUUGGAACAGUCAGUCUUCAGUCUGGCCGCCUCGAGUGUGCGUCUACGAAUAUCUGAGCGACGGUCUAUCGAAAUGCGAAUGGGUGAAUGCGUGUAUUGCGCAGACACGUCUUAUGCGGCGACCAGGGUGCCCGAACGGGAGGGGCGAGAGAGAGACACACAGAGACAGAGGAAGAUAUGACGGAGGAACCGAGUUGAUUCGUCCAUUUUAUCAGUUUACACGCUUCUAAUGCCAGCACGGGGACGUCGUACCGCGUCCCUGGUUUCUGUUCUGACACCUCGUUCAGUCGCUCGCGUGAUGGCUAAACCCCUUUCCCAGAGUUUACGCGUCGUCAAUGAGGGUUUGGACAGCAACAGGGCCAGAGAACGA